AUCUAGUUUGAAACAAGAAGUCUCUUUGCUUUUAUGUUACAGCGGCUUAGCAGGGAAGACUGUUACUGGGUCUGUUGCAGUUCUGCUGAAAUUCACAGAUUGUCUGAUUUUAAAACUAAUUGUUUCUCCGGUUUAUCUGCAGGCUCGUUUGAUCCAGGUGAUGAGUGUGAUUGCAGUCCUGUCUGUGAAUAUGGUGACAGCCAUCAUGUUACUGAGUGUCUUCUUUCUUUCAGGUGCUUUGGCUGAUUGUCCUAAUCCAGUCGGCCUCUUCAUCACUACACCAAAGAAGAUGGAAGCACUGAGUGGAUCUUGUUUGCAAAUCCCAUGUAACUUUAGUGCUAAAUCAGAACAAGAUUUUAAAAGCAGCAGAGAAACCUUUGGAGUGUGGAUUAAAACUGACUACAGAUUUGGCCUCAAUCCAAACAAUGUGAUUUUCAACAGUAGUAACAAAGUUAACACGUAUCCAAUGAAUAUUCCUGGAAACCUGAGUCAGAAAAACUGCACCACUCUGUUUUCCAGUUUAAUCACAAAUUAUACAGACACAUACUACUUCAGAAUUGAGACUAAACGAUUCAGAGCAAAAGCUGAAUGUGAUCCUCUUCAAAUAACAGUUAAAGAUUCUCCUCCGAGACCCAGAAUUGAGAUCUCAGGUGAUCUGAAGGAGAAGCAGUCUGUCACUAUAACCUGCUCAGCUUUCACUCCCUGUCCACACUCCCCUCCUAAACUCACCUGGAAUCUCCAACAAGACUCUCACAACCAAAUAGAGGAAAACACAGAUGGAACCUUCACAACUAAAAUCCAGGAGAGCAUCACUCUGUCAGACCAACAUGAUGGAUACAACAUCACCUGUUCUGUCAGAUAUCCUGUGAAUGAAGGAAAAGAUAACAAGACAGCAGAGGAGAGAAAGACUCUCAGUGUUUCAUAUGCUCCUAAAAACACCUCAGUGUCCGUCAGUCCAUCAGGUUUGGUGUCAGCAGGUAGCUGGGUGAACCUGACCUGCUCCAGCAGAGCCAAGCCUCCCGUCAGCCGCUUCACCUGGUUCAAGAACAGCAAAGAUGGACCCAUGAUUGUAUCUGAAGGACCGUUUUACAGCUUCAAUGUGACAGAUGGAGGAGUUUAUUACUGUGUGGUCACAAAUGAUCUCGGUAAUCAGGGGUCAUCAUGGAUUUAUAUGAACAGUGCAGUUAAUCCAGAGUUUGGGGUUUUUGUCUACGUGAAGAUCCUGGGAAUCGUAAUGCUCUGCAGUACAAUCAUCAUCUUUGAGUGGUGGCUUAGAUCAAGAUGCUGCAACAAACCAGUGAAGAUCCAGGUGAUGAGUGUGAUUGCAGUCCUGUCUGUGAAUAUGGUGACAGCCAACAUGUUACUGAGUGUCUUCUUUCUUUCAGGUGCUUUGGCUGAUUGUCCUCAGAAGUCAAACCUCUUCAUUACUGCACCAAAGAAAAUGGAAGCACUGAGUGGAUCUUGUUUGCAAAUCCCAUGUAACUUUAGAGCUGACCCAGAACAAGAUUUUGACAGCAGCAGAGAAACCUUUGGAGUGUGGAUUAAAACUGACUCAAAUAUUUGGGAUUUUCCAAAAAAUGUGAUUGUCAACAGUAGUAAGACAGUUAACACGUAUCCAAUGAAUAUUACUGGAAACCUGAGUCAGAAAAACUGCACCACUCUGUUUUCCAGUUUAAUCACAAGUUAUACAGACACAUACUACUUCAGAAUCAUGAACUGGCCUUUCAGAGCAACAGCUGUUUGUGAUCCUCUUCAAAUAACAGUUAAAGAUUCUCCUCCGAGCCUCAGAAUUGAGAUCUCAGGUGAUCUGAAGGAGAAGCAGUCUGUCACUAUAACCUGCUCAGCUUUCACUCCCUGUCCACACUCCCCUCCUAAACUCACCUGGAAUCUCCAACAAGACUCUCACAACAAAAUAGAGGAAAACACAGAUGGAACCUUCACAACUAAAAUCCAGGAGAGCAUCACUCUGUCAGACCAACAUGAUGGAUACAACAUCACCUGUUCUGUCAGAUAUCCUGUGAAUGAAGGAAAAGAUAACAAGACAGCAGAGGAGAGAAAGACUCUCAGUGUUUCAUAUGCUCCUAAAGACACCUCAGUGUCCAUCAGUCCAUCAGGUUUGGUGUCAGCAGGUAGCUGGGUGAACCUGACCUGCUCCAGCAGAGCCAAGCCUCCCGUCAGCCGUUUCACCUGGUUCAAGAACAGCAAAGAUGGACCCAUGAUUGUAUCUGAAGGACCGUUUUACAGCUUCAAUGUGACAGAUGGGGGAGUUUAUUACUGUGUGGCAAUGAAUGAUCUUGGUAAUCAGUCAUCAUCAUGGAUUCAUUUAAACAGUGCAGAUGUUAAAAGAGAGACUUCAACGAUGGCUACCCAUCUACAAUGGGGUUCAGCUGUUGCAGGGAUCAUUGUUGUCAUUCUCAUCUGCACUGCUCUCUGUGUUUGGUGGUUUAAGUGGAAACAUCAAACUCCACAACAGACUCAGAGUCAAAGAGGUGAAGAGCUUUCUCUUCAAAUGCCAGUUAGCACAAGUGAAGAAAACAUCCAUUAUGGAGAGAUUGACUUUUCGAAGAGGAGACCUGAACCGUCCUCUGACUCAGUGCAGGACAGUGGACAGCAACAUGAUUCGCUGUAUGCACAGGUCAAAGUGUCUGAGCCAUCAAACAGAUUAACUCACACUGCUGAUGGUCCAGAGGAUCUCUACGCUCAAGUGAAGAAAUAAUAAAUGAGUACUGUUUUGUGAUCACACUUGGGUUGGAUUCAUAAUCUACCUUUAUUUUGUAAUUUUACCACAUGUUUUAUGUCAGUUAAUGAAGAAAAAGUCCGUGGAGACUAGACAGGAAAAUGUUUACUGCUCACAGUUAAAUAAAUUAAACUCCACACACUGCAGCUCAGAUGGUUUUCUCAGUAAUCACAUUAUCAUAGUUCAGAUUUAUGUACUGACCUCAUACAGCUGUUACUGUGUGGUUAGUAAUCUGCUUGUGAGAUAUGUGCAAGUAAAAGUCUCAAAGCUCUGAAUAGGAACUAAUCUUAAUGACAUGAGAAUGAAUUAGUGAACUUGACACCAGAAGCAGUUCUGUACACACAUUACCAGUGUAGUCCAAGAUCAUAUCUACUUUUGAAAUGUUUAUGUUUAUUUUACAUUUUAUUUUUAACAAGGCAUAUUGAUCUCAUUUGCUUUAUCUAUUGUGUAUCCCAUUUUCUUACAUAUUUACUAUAUUACUUCUAAAAUGAACACAAGACAGAGUUUCUGCAUUUGAAGAUAUUUAUUCAUUGCACUGUAAUAAAAACGUUGGCAUACAACUUCUAAAAAUA